AGACGAUAAAACAUGUAUAGUACUUUACGUGUGACUAAUUUUUAAAUAUAUACUUCACGGAGUAUAUAUAAGCAUAACCCUACGCUAUCUACUGAACCAAUUUACAAAAACAGAAUGGAGAGAGAUUAGAGAACCGUGUGAAUUAGCACAGAUAAGACUUCUUAUACAAGAGAUGACAUGCCUAAAUAUAUCACGCUACCAACUUCCUCCCUCUCGUUUCAGGGAGACGACGAGAGAAGCUGCGGCUAAGCUGGUGCCGCCACCUUUCACAUGGAAGCCGCCGCUCCCGAGAUAGAGAGGUGCGACGCCGGCGACGUGGAGUCGGACCACGACGGCGCCGCCGCCGCCGCCGAGCGCGUGCCGCCGUGGCGCGAGCAGGUGACGGCGCGGGGCAUGGUGGCGGCGCUGCUCAUCGGAUUCGUCUACACCGUCAUCAUCAUGAAGCUGGCGCUCACCACGGGGAUCAUCCCCACGCUCAACGUCUCCGCCGCGCUCCUCGCCUUCCUCGCGCUCCGCGGCUGGACGCGCGCGCCCGCCCUCCUCCUCCCCGGCGGCGGCGCCGCCUCCUCCUCCUCCCGGCGCCGCCCCUUCACCCGCCAGGAGAACACCGUUGUCCAGACCUGCGCCGUCGCCUGCUACACCAUGGGAUUCGGCGGUGCGCGCCCCGCUACUACUUCCUGUGGGUUCGGGUCGUCGCUGCUGGCUCUGAACAGGAAGACGUACGAGUUGGCCGGGGUGAGCACGCCGGGCAACUCGCCGGGGAGCUACAAGGAGCCCGGGGUCGGGUGGAUGACCGGAUUCCUGUUUGCGAUUAGCUUCGUUGGGCUCCUUAACUUGCUUCCACUCAGAAAGGCUUUGAUCAUAGAUUAUAAGUUAACCUAUCCAAGUGGGACUGCAACUGCUGUUCUUAUAAACGGAUUCCAUACCCCUCAAGGAGAAAAUAGUGCAAAGAAGCAAGUCCGCGGAUUUCUGAAUUGCUUUGGGAUCAGCCUCUUAUGGAGCUUCUUCCAGUGGUUCUACACUGGUGGAGAGAGUUGUGGGUUUCUUCAAUUCCCUACCUUUGGUCUAAAGGCUUGGAAACAAACGUUCUAUUUUGAUUUCAGCCUCACAUAUGUUGGUGCGGGAAUGAUCUGCUCACACCUUGUAAACCUCUCCGCGCUCUUUGGCGCAAUACUUUCUUGGGGGAUAAUGUGGCCACUGAUCAGCAUACAAAAGGGUAAGUGGUAUCCUGGAAAUGUUCCUGAAAGCAGCAUGACAAGCUUGUUUGGUUACAAGUCCUUCAUGUGUGUAGCUUUGAUCAUGGGGGAUGGCCUUUACCACUUCAUAAAAGUAACAGGUAUCACUGCUAAGAGCCUGCAUGAACGAUCCAAUCGUAGACAUGCUAAGAAAGCGACAGAUGAGGAUACAUUUGUAAUUGCUGAUAUGCAGCGUGACGAGUUCUUCAACAAAGACUAUAUUCCAAACUGGCUAGCGUAUGCUGGAUAUGCCUUACUGAGCAUUGUUGCGGUAAUUGCGAUACCCAUAAUGUUCCAACAGGUGAAGUGGUACUAUGUUGUUGUAGCCUUUGUGCUUGCUCCUGUGCUGGGAUUCUCCAAUGCCUAUGGAACUGGGCUAACUGACAUGAACAUGAGCUACAACUAUGGCAAGAUUGCUCUCUUCAUCUUUGCAGCUUGGGGAGGGAGGGACAACGGUGUCAUUGCUGGUCUUGUUGGUUGUGGAAUAGUGAAGCAGCUAGUACAAGUCUCUGCUGAUUUGAUGCACGACUUUAAGACUGGUCAUCUGACAUUAACAUCACCAAGAUCCAUGCUUGUUGGGCAGGCCAUUGGUACAGCCAUGGGCUGCAUAAUCGCUCCACUGACUUUCUUGCUCUUCUACAAAGCAUUUGAUAUUGGGAACCCUGAUGGAUACUGGAAGGCUCCAUAUGCCCUGAUAUUUCGAAACAUGGCCAUUCUUGGCGUCGAGGGCUUUUCUGCACUACCAAAGCAUUGUCUUGAGCUGUCUGCUGGCUUCUUUGCAUUUUCUGUGCUCAUCAACCUUAUGAGGGACUUCUUGCCACGCAAGUACAGGGAUUAUGUGCCCCUGCCGACGGCAAUGGCUGUGCCAUUCCUUGUUGGUGCAAAUUUUGCUAUUGACAUGUGUGUGGGAAGCCUGAUAGUCUUUGCCUGGCACAAGAUCAACAGCAAGGAGUCUGCGUUGCUAGUGCCAGCGGUUGCGUCUGGUUUUAUUUGUGGAGAUGGUAUAUGGAUGUUCCCUUCUUCCCUGCUUUCCCUUGCUAAGGUUAAGCCACCAAUCUGCAUGAAGUUCACUCCCGGAAGCUAGAGAAACAGGUGUUUCCUGGAUGCUGAGUUCGACAUGGUAUGAUAGGUAAUGGAUAGACCGGCCUCUGUAUCUAGGAUGCACAAAGCAAACCAUCACUUAUUACAAUAGUUCCACGCUGUUUUGGAAAGAUAAAAAUGCAACAAGUUUGUCAAGUACUCCCUCCGUUUCAAAAUGUUUGACAUCGUUGACUUUUUAGCACAUGUUUGACCGUUCGUCUUAUUCAAACAAAUUUGUGAAAUAUGUAAAACUAUGUGUACAUGAAAAUAUAUUUAACAAUGAAUCAAAUGAUAUGAAAAGAAUAAAUAAUUACUUAAAUUUUUUUAAUAAGACGAAUGGUCAAACACGUACUUAAAAAGUCAACGGUGUCAAACAUUUUGAAACGGAUGGAGUAUUAAAUAGGCACCAUUUUGGAGGUUAUCUGUUGGUGCCUUGAAAAUCAGUUUUUCUCAGUAUUUCCAGAGGGAAGUGGAUCUUAACUUCUUCAGACUACUGUUACCGGUUGUGUAUUGUGUUAAGUACAUAAUAGAGAACUUGUAGUUCUGCAUCAUUUUGAAGGAUAAAUAUGAAUAGAGUACUAUUGCCCAACCUCCUGUAUUUAGUUAUUUUAGUUUGUUUUUUUAGAUAGUUGCUACACCAAAGAAUUACAGUAAUUAAUAGUGCUAUGACCUUGCAAGUA